UUCGCCACUACUACAACACCAAAUUACACCUUCAAUCCAGUCCGCGUCUUUCUAUCUAGGCCCAUAAGGUGCGAGAUAGUUAUGGAGGGAACAGACUCUAUAAAGCCAUCCCCCACAACGUGGAUUCUCCGCCUCAAAGCUCGCAAGACAACCAUCUUCUUGCACGUCGACCCCCUCCAAACCUUCGCGUCCAUCAAGUCGCAGCUCCACACCGCACUGUCCGAAACCUACCUCCUCGACCCAGAAACAAACAAAAACGUCGAACUCCCCGCAUCACCUUCGGAAAUCCAGCUCGGCCGACCGAUUGACCGCAUGGACCCCGAUGGUGGUUUUGUGCUGGGCGAAUGGGAGAUCGCGCCUUCGGACGAAGACGAGAGCGAGGCUGGAAAAAGCAAGGGCAAAGCAAAGCCCAAGAAAAAUGAUGCUGGGUUUGGUAGUGUAGUGAAGGACUGUCCCAAGGGCGCCGGACUGAAAGAUCGCGAUGUGCUCGUGUUUCGAUGGCCCGGCGAUGGUACAGGUUGGGAGGAUGAAGAGGAUGAUCCGAAGAACCGUAUGUGGGGCGUGAAGUUGGCCAGCUUCGAAGACAGCUAUGGAGUGCAGAAUGAGGCGGAUCUGGGUGCUGGAGGGGAGUUCGAGGGCUGA